AUGCCCAAAUCAAAUCUUCCCCGGCUGUGUUCCGAUUGUGUAUCAUCCUUUGUUCGAGAAUUCUUAAUCGCAAGAGAUUUUUUCCGCAGUCCUAUCAUUGGACUUGGAUCGGGAUAUUCUCCUUCUGCCUCCGAGUCGAGAUCUCCAAUUCAGGCGAAUCGUACAAAAAAUAAAGAAAAUACCACAGUUGCUCGUGUCGCUCCCAAUCCUCAGUUACCUAGAUCUACUAAAGCUCAGACUCAAGGAAAGAAGAAGCGAACCUCUAACCCAAAAGAGUCAAGACCUUUAUCACUUAUGAGCCUUCCUAAAGCUUUGAAGUCAGAUGUUUAUUCAGAGAAAAAAGCUGCACACCGAAACAAAGGGAAAGUCACUCCAAUGGGUCGAGGUACUCCUUCGGAAGGUGAUGACUACAUUCUUAUUUUAUGCAGACACUUUCAAAUUUUCAAUAACCACAUGGGAAAGAUUCCACAAAAUAUGUUAUAUAUGACUUAUGAAUGCGAAAAUUCAGUAUGA